AUGGACCCAACAGAUCUACUACCGCUGCUUGAGCAGCUGGACGACAAUGUGGAUGAUUUGGAGGCUGUUUUGCAGCCCCUUUUGACCAGCACACUACUCAAAAGCUCAAGUAAACUGCCCGUCAUGGACAAGGCAAAACUUCAUGUGUUGAUCACUUACGCACUUGAAUCACUAAUUUUCUCUUAUUUGCGCCUCCAUGGCGUGGAUGUGAAGCAGCACCCGGUGUUCCGGGAACUGACCCGUGUGAAGCAGUACUUCGAAAAGAUCAAGGUCUUGGAGACUGAGCCUGAGGAACGCUCCAUGACACUUGAUAAGGCAGCUGCAGGAAGAUUUAUCAAACAUGGCCUUGCUGGCAAUGAUAAGUAUGACUUGGAACGAGCAGAAAAGCAAGCUAAAGAGCGAGCUCGUGCUCAGCUGAAAGCCGCUAUGCUUGCCCGAAAGAGCGUCGAGGCCUCGAAAGCUCAGUCCAACGAGGACUCUGACGAUGAUGAUUCCGAGGGGGGUGUGGACGUUGCACCAGCAGCGCCUCAGAUUGACGCCAAUCACACCGGAAAGGCCGAAGCGAAAGAUACCCAAAAGAAGUCUAAGGGAGAUCAUAAAUCGGGCAAUGGAAAAGCAAAGAAAGAAAGGAAAAUGAGCAAGGCGGCACGGCAAGAACAGAAGAAGGAGCGACGGCAGAAGAAGGAGGACCGUCGAAAGGCUAGAAAAGCCGAAUGA